UCACUCUCUUGAACUGCAGGUCGCUCGUUUUCCUCGUCCUCGACGCCGCUUCCCCGCUUGCAACGAGACUUCCAUCCAACAGAGAGUCUUGAACCGACUCUCUCUCACAUUCCUUUGGAACUGCCAACCAGCAAUAACAGUUUUACCCCGGGGUUAGGGUGCGAUUCCGUGCAAAGGGCCCGGGCGUCUCCUUCGAUUUAUCCACCCUCCCGUUCCAUCAACAGCUCUUGCUGAUCGGUUUCGAAACCAGAGGGGAGGUGGACUCGCGACUGGCGGAGCCGGUUCGAACAUUGACGCGAACGACCCUCUCGAUCGACUGCUGCGCUCCAAAAGAUCGGUAAGAUGAAGGGAAUCAUCAAGAGUGCCGUGGCGGCCGCCGUCGUUGUCGGCGUCGCCGCCCAACCUCACAAUCAUGGCCACCGCCAUCUCCACGCCAAGAACCAUGCCCGUUCUCCUGUCGAGAAGCGCGAUACCGUGAUCGUCACCAAAGUUGUCGAGGGCCCCACUGUGGUCGUGUAUGAGUUGGACGGCCAGCGGGUCGAUGCUGCGCAGGCGGAAGACGGCAUCUCGAAGGGUCUGUAUGUCGUCAUGGGCUCGUCGCAGCCCACUUUCAGCGCCCCUCCUCCAGCCGUGACCACCUCGAAGGCCAGCACCGACCUCGGCGGCGAGUUCUUCGAGAAGGCGACGACCACGACCAGCACGUCGACUACGCCGACGACCACGUCGACCCCUACACCGAAGAAGUCGACCUCGGCCGCGCCGCAACCCGUGGCCACCGGCAUCAAUGUGGACUUCCCCAGCGGCAAGGUGAAGUGCGACAAAGUGCCGACCGAGUAUGGCGCCAUCGAGGUCCCCUGGGUUGGCACCAACGGCUGGACGACGCUCGCCAACAUCGGCACGUGGAUCAAAGGCGUCGCGAUCAGCAAGAUCGAGUCCCCGACCUCGGGAACUUGCGAGCCUAACAUGAUGUGCUCGUACGCCUGCCCGCCGGGCUACGAGAAGUCGCAGUGGCCCGAGGAGCAGGGCGCUAGUGGCCAGUCCGUCGGCGGGUUGUGGUGCAACGCGGACGGGUACCUGGAGCUGACCCGACCCUCCCACCCCAAGAUCUGCGAGCCGGGUGCUGGUGGCGUGUACGUCCGGAACGAGCUCUCGGGCAACGCGGCCGUGUGCCGGACUGACUACCCUGGCAACGAGGCCAUGGUGAUUCCGCUCGACACGUCGCCGGGCAACACGUACCCCCUGACCAACCCGGAUUCCUCGACGUACUACGUGUGGGAGGGCAAGCCGACGACUGCUCAGUACUAUGUCAACAACAUGGGCGUUGCGGUCGAGGAUGCCUGCGUCUGGAACAGCGGCCCGUACCCGACGUCGGCCGGCAACUGGGCUCCGACCAACAUCGGUGUGGGCAAGAGCAGCGACGGCAUCACUUACAUCUCCAUCUUCCCCAACUCGCCCACCAGCACCGCCGUCCUCAACUUCGAUAUCGAGAUCACGGGCGAUAUCUCGGGCACGUGCUCCCUCAAGAAGGGCGUGUACUCGGGCAACAACGGCUGCACGGUCGGGAUGAAGCCAGGCGGCACAGCCACCAUCGUGUUCAAGAACAGCUCUUGAUCGUUGAAGGACGGCCUUGGCGGCGGCGGCGGUGGCAAUGGAUGCUGUGUCCUUUUUCCUUCUUCAUCGCUGCUGGCCCACGGUGACGGCCAGUGCUGGUUCGAUAGGUGCUUUGUUAAUGGCCUUCUGAGCUGCUGCUGUUCUUCCCGUAGGCAGUGAGAAGGGUUGGUGGAUUUAGUCGCAUAGGUAUUUCUUUUUCCCUUAGUGUGCGAAAUGUCUAUAUCUGCAGUUUCGUAAAGGAGAUGCUGGGUUGCCGUUGCGUUAUAUAUACCACCUGAGUCGCAUUUCGCUCUGCAGGAUUCGCGGUUGGAGUCCGAGGCAACGGGACCAGCGCUAGUUAUCACGGAUGGACGACCGCAAAUGCGAGGAAGAUUCUGUUUCCGAGUGCGAGCUCACGGGGGGCGGGGCCGUUGAUUACGGAGAUCGCUUCCCGGCCUUUUCUUGCAUCUAGAUGCUGAUGGCUUCGCGUCGAUAUUCAUCUUUUUCUCGUCUCUCUUGGCGUCUUGGGAAUCUGAAUUAUGCGUUGACAGGAGCUCACCGUCUCCACCUGCCGUUGCGAGUGGUUGAUGUGUCGUUGGCGGUUCUGACUGCUGUUCUGAGGUCUUGAGGGACGAGGGCGCGCAGCAAUCUUGUAUAACAGGUAUCUGUGCUGACGAAAUACAUUUUGGUGUCUGAG